GGGCGAGCCCACGUGACCGGCAACCAAGUCCAACAUGGCGGCCUCCAUAGGCCGCUGCCUUCUCUUCCUCGUUGCGCUGUGCCAUUUCCUCGGUGAGGCGUCCGGCUAUCUCGGCUUGGGGGCCUCCCGCGACGACGACUUGCUGCUGCCUUACCCCCGCGCGCGCACGCGCUUCUCCCGGGACUGCGCAAGGGUGCGCGCCGGCCCCCGAGAGCAUGAGAGCUGGCUGCCAUCCUCCGCGACCCCCAGCGCCCGCGGCCCCUCAGUGCGCACUUUCGUCUCACACUUUUCAGGCCGCGCAGUUGCGGGCCACCUGACACGGGCCGCCGAGCCCCUGCGCACCUUCUCGGUACUGGAGCCUGGAGGACCCGGCGGCUGCGCGUCGAGGCGCCGCGUCACGGUGGAAGAGACUGCGCGGGAGCGCGCCUGCAGCGUCGCUCAGAACGGCGGCUUCUUCCGCAUGGACACUGGCGAGUGCCUGGGGAACGUUGUGAGCGACGGGCGGCUGGUGGGGAACGCCGAGGGGCUGCAGAACGCGCAGUUCGGGAUCCGCCGCGACGGGACCCUCGUCACUGGGUACCUGUCUGAAGAGGAGGUUCUGGACACUGAGAACCCCUUUGUGCAGCUGCUGAGUGGGGUCGUGUGGCUGAUUCGCAAUGGAAGCAUCCACAUCAAUGAGAGUCAGGUGGCUGAGUGUGACGAGACACAGGAGACAGGUUCCUUCAGCAAAUUUAUAAACGUGAUAUCGGCCCGGACAGCUGUGGGCCACGACCGGAAGGGGCAGCUGGUGCUCUUCCAUGUGGACGGGCAGACGGAGCAGCGGGGCAUCAAUCUGUGGGAAAUGGCAGAGUUCCUGCUGAAACAGGACGUGGUCAACGCCAUCAACCUGGACGGAGGGGGCUCCGCCACCUUCGUGCUCAACGGGACCUUGGCCAGUUACCCGUCUGAUCACUGCCAGGACAACAUGUGGCGCUGUCCCCGCAGCGUGUCCACUGUGGUGUGCGUGCACGAGCCCCGCUGCCAGCCGCCUGACUGCAGCGGCCAUGGCACCUGUGUGGAGGGGCACUGCCAGUGCGUGGGGAGCUUCUGGCGGGGUGCUGCCUGCGACGAGCUGGACUGUGGCCCCGCCAACUGCAGCCAGCAUGGGCUCUGCACGGAGACCGGCUGCCGCUGCGAAGCUGGAUGGACAGGGUCCAACUGCAGUGAAGCUUGCACCAGCGGCUUCUUUGGGGAGGACUGUGCCAAGAAGUGCCAGUGUCAUAAUGGAGCCACCUGUGACCCCAUACGGGGGACCUGUGCCUGUCCCCCUGGCUUCACUGGAGACACAUGUGUGCAGGAGUGUCCCCUCGGCUGGUACGGGCCAGGCUGCCAGAGCCCUUGCAAGUGUGAGCACCAGUGUCCCUGUGACCCCCAGACGGGCAACUGCAGCCUCACCUGGUCACCCACCCUGAACAGCCUCCUCUCCCAAGUGAAGCAGUGUCUCCCGCCUCCCGGGGCCACCCUGAAGACAGAAGAGCUCUCUGUCUCCACCAGAAGAGAGAGAGCUCGCAGGCCAAGCUGGCGCCCUUGCAAGGCCGUGAGCAAGCGGUUUGCCGGCUCAGAAUCGAGGUCCCUUCUGGCUCCGCUGCCUCCAGCUCUUCGGAGCCCCAUCCUCCGGCUUCCUUCGUCUGUGACCUGCAUCCCCCGCUUCUGUCCUUCCUCAUUGACGGAAAGAACCUGGAAGGCAGAGAAGGUGCUGGCGAACGUGGACUUGGCUCUUCCAGCCACAGGCAGCCCGGAGGCUCUGGGGACCCCAACUCACGUGCUGUAGCAACACCUCCUCCCCCACAGCCUUCAUCAAACCCUUGGUGUCCAUGUGGCCCAGACGCAGGAUGUACAGCGGGCGGCCGUCUUCGGGGUAGGGUUGAGCGAGGUGGGGACAGAAGGGAAACAGAGUUACAUACUUUUAUUUUUAUGUAUGUAUGUUUGUAUGUAUGGUCUUUUUAGGGCCGUAUCUGCAGUAGUUAUGUUCUCUAAGGUCAUACCACUGAGUCAGGGAGCACAGAACCACUGUUUCUAGGGGGAGUAAGAGGUUAAGUUCCUGCCAGCCUCCGGUCAGGACAUUCUUGUCACCGAUGGAUGGUAACUUUGUUUUGCAUGUGUUUCUGCUUAAGGACACCUUAUUUAAUGUAUGUUGUUGAUUCACUGACACUGAAGGAGGCCAGCAACACUGUAACCCAUGCCUGAAUGGCGCUUAGCUUGUCUUCUUCAUAAGGUGCAUCACAGCCUUCCUGUACUUGGCAAUGUGGUGCUUCUGUACCGGGCAAGAUCAAUCCAAAAAUGGGAAAGAAAAAAAAAAAAGCAUCACUAAAUAGGCUGCAGAAAGGACACGUGUUUACAGUAGGAGCUGAAGCAGGGAGGCAAAAGGACACUUACUCAACCUCAGCUGCGGAGGGCCGUGUUCAUUUGGGUGACUCAGGUUUUCAUCACUCUGCACACGUCCGUGAAGGACAGUGAAAGCGCCCAAUAUAGAUUUGGGGGUUACAAGUUAAUUUCAGUGAGUAGGCCAAUUCACACAUGCGGAAUCCAUGAAUAGCAAAGAUCGACUGUAUAUUGAAAGCAAGUGUUUCAACCAGUUCUUCAGGAGAGUCAAGCAAUCGCCCUAAUAAUAUACAUGAAUUUUUAACUAAAGGACAUUGAAAAGCAAAACAGGCGCUGUCUUCAAUGGCAGUUUCAUUAAAAAAAAAAAAUCCAGAGAUGGGAAGUUCUCAGGUAGCCUAACAGUUAAGGAUCCAGCGUUGUCGCUGCUGUGGUGUGGGUUCAGUCCCUGGCCUAGGAACGCAUGUGUGCCUUGGGUGCAGACAAAAAAAAAAAAAGUCGAAGGAUGAUAUCUGUAGUGGGUUAAAAAGGGCCCCCCAAUUCGUGUCCAAAUAAGAAUGUGACCUUAUUUGGAAAUAGGCUCUCUGCAGGUGGGAUUAGUCAGAGAUCUCGAGAUGAAAUCAUGCUGGAUCAGGGCGGGUCCUAAAUCCAGUGACCUGGGGUCUUUAUAAGAAGAGGAGAGGACACACAAAUACAGGGGGAAGGCCAUGGGAGGACAGAGGCAGAGACUGUGAUGUGGCCACAAGCCAAGGAAUGCCUGGGGCCACCGGAAGCUGGAAGAGGCAGGAAGGAUUUUCCUCCAGAGCCUUCAGAGGGAGGGAUCACUGCCUUGCCGACCCUUUGAUUUGGGACCUCUAGCCUCAAGAACAACGAGAGAAUAAAUUUCUGUUGCUUUAA